AUGCCGGAUGAGCCGCGUCGCAUCAUCUUGGAGAAAUCCAAGACCGUUAAACGCCGGUACCAGCGCAGCAACCAACGAUUUCAGUUCACUGCAUCCCAGAUUGCGCGGCUAGAUCGCGAGGAGGAGCGAGAAAAGAAAGCGAAGAAGCUACGCGAGAAGGAAAAGAAACGCAUUGCCAACAAGAAACGGAAAGCCGAGCAGGAGGCGCAGGCCCGUGAGGAGCGGAAACGUCGCGGCAUCCCGGAUCCCCAUGCAGCCCGCGUCCCGUCGAGUCAGCCGUUGCUCUCAAUGUUCCUAGAACCUGGGAAGCGAAAGUCACCCGCUGCGCCAGAGCCUGCGCCUACAGCUACAGAGAUCGAAUCCCAUGAUAACGAUUCGGGGAGCGUUGGUGGAGAUACGGAAGCUGCAUCGGAUGCCUUUGACGACAUAGAUGAGGCAUUGGAAAACGACCGAUCUGAGCUUCAAGACGAAGGCGUUCAGAAAGAGCCUGAAGGUCACGAUAUUGAAAAUGCUACUCGGGCUUCAUUCAAGGAUGAGGAUGAGUUCUCGGACUGCUCGGCGUUCGACGACGAAGAGGUUAUGAAAAAAGCCGAAAUGGCUGCUACCACGCGAGCAACUGACGAAGAAACGAAGAACCCCCCUAUACCCAAAGAAUCAUCCUAUCUACAACCUCCCCGGGCUGUGCUCACGCUAGAAUCAUCUUUCGGGGAAUCCUUCCUGUACGACCCCGCUGAUUUCCUUGAAGCCGAAGCGGCUAUCAUCACACAAACGAGUAGUCAUCCAGCGAGAGACCAGUCUUCACCCAAGGAUACCUCCCUUUUACAACCUCCAUUACCCGAUCGACCGUGUAGGAGACCCACAUUGGCGUCUUCUUUUGGAGAUUCUUUUCGAGACGAGACCGCGGAUUGGAUUGAAGAAGCAUUUGCACACGGAAACGGCGACCCUUUUGACGAACUAAAUAAAAUACCCUCUCAAUAA